AUGCCUCCUCACCUGCACCCGCGCUCUACUGCGACCUCGACCCUAUUUGCUGGCACUCUCCUGGCAUCGUUUGUGGUGGUCGGCAUCCCACAUGUCUUCCCGUGCCCGCGACCGCGACGACAAUAUCUAGAUGCUGAUGGAAAGCUUCAGCCGGAUGUUGAGGAACCGUCGAAACCAGCGCGCGCGGAAAAGUCAGGGAGUUCUCGCGAAGCGGUAAUCCAAAAAGAAGCCGCAAUUCUGAGAAUGCUCCAGGAAGAGGCAAGACAGCUCGAGCAACAGGCAAGAGAAUGUCCAGUACCGAAACCAAAGGGCUGGGUGGGGCGCAUGUUAGGAUUCGAGGGCCCGAGCGCACCAGAGCAAGUGGCAGCGACGACGGACUCCAACAAGAGGUGA